UAUACCGGGGGGCUUUGGGGAGAAAAAGGAAAAAAAUAAAAUCUUUGGAAAAAAAAAAGUUUUCCUGUAUCAUAACUUGGAUCAAAAGAUUUCACAAUAUCCCUGUGUUUUUUUAAUCUCUCCUCUGGUUAACAUACCAGAGCAGCAGGUAGAAAGCUGUCUCCCCACAGUGGACACGCUGUGAUGAGGGGCCCAAUUUUCUUAAUGAAAACAAAAGUUAGAAAGAAAGAUAAAGGAAACCAAAAAUGAAUGAAAAUAAAAUGUGGUUUAAAUCAGUGAACGAGAUGGCCAUAAUCAAUGGAAUAGCCUAGUUUUGGGAGUGAAUAUAGGUGAGAAGAACUGAUUUCUGGUAUUGAAGUCUAAGCCAAAGAUACCUCAAGAGCAGCAGGGACGUGCCUUCUCUGUGUUCUGUAAUGAAAAGAGUUUGAGCUCUUUAAUCAGACAGACUAGGCUUUAAAUCCUAACUCUGUUACUAAUUAGCACUGUGACCUUGAGCAAAUGACCCCAUUUCUGAGCCUCAGUUUCCUUGUCUAAAACAGAGAAAUAAUACCUACCUUGUAAGGUUGUGUUUUGGAUUAAAUGUUAUAACCAAGAUGUAAAGUUUCUAACACAAGGUUUGGAACAUAGUAGGUACACUGAAAAUAUUUCUUCCCCCUUUCUCUCUAUGCCUCCAUUUCCUCCUAGUGUUCAGUACAAGUACAAAAUAUCCUGUGGAUGCUCACUUGAUUCAGGUAUGAUGUUAUUAAAUUUACCAGUCUACCCCACCCCGGGGCCAAUAUUCCCAGAGCAAUAGAGCACAUGACCCAGGGAUAAUUUGAAUCCUUUACCCUUACUUGGACGGAGCAAGUAAACAGGAGGAGUGACUGUGGCCUGAGCUGCUGAGAACCAACCAAGGAGUUGGCACUGUGAAGAUAUGCCUGGCCCUGCUCAGUCCCCUAGUUGUGCCACACUGAAAAGGCUCUUUGGCCCCUUUGGCAACUUUCAUAUACUACAGAUGGGAGUGUAAAUGGAGACAACCUGUUAUGACAGCAGCUGGGCAUUACUUAGUAAAGUUGAACUUACACUGCAUAACCUAUAACUCAGCUUCCAUUUCUGGAUUUAUACUCUGGAGAAACUCUCAAAUGUGCCCCCAAGAACAUUGUUCAUUAUGGCCCAAAACUGGAAACAACCCAUUGUCUCUCAGUAUUAGAAUGGAUAAAUAAAUUACGGUACACUCAUACAAUGGAAUAUUAAAAAGCAAUGAGAACGAACCAACUAUUGCUACAGAAAACAAUAUAGAUGAAUUUUACAGACACAAUGUGGAUUAAAAAUGCCAGACACAAAACAGUGUGUUUCCUGUUAUACAAAGUUCAAAAAUAGGCAAAACUCAUCGGUGGUGGUAAAAAUCCGGAUAAUAGUUACUCCUGAUGGUGGGCAGUGACUGGGAGAGGACAUGAAGGGAGGUGUAUCCACUUCGUGUUAUACAUAAUAAUAAAUUUACUUUAAAAUACACAGGGUAUGACCCAUCCAUUUACCUGAGUUCAAAAGCAGGCAAAAUUUUAAAAAAUAUUUUUCAUGAUACAUAUAUAGAUAGUUCACUAUUUUUAAAAAGCAUGGGAAAAUAAUGAUUAAGAGGAAGGAAAGGAGUGUGAUCAGAGGAACAGACAUAUAGAGUGCUUCUAAGACACUGGCAAUGUUCCAUUUCUUACUUUGGGUGAUGGCUACAUGGUAUUCACAUUAUUAUUAUUAUUGUUGCUCUUAUUAUUAUUACUGAAAAUAUACUUAUGGUCCAUAUACUCCUACAUGUAUGCUAUAUUCCACAAUAAAAGAAUUUAAAAUAAAUCCAAACGAAUAAAAAGCAUACACCCUUAAACAAAACAGUAGCAGAGUGUGGCAUUGAAAUAAUAAUUUUAGAGUUGGAAGAGGCCUUUGAAACCAUCUUGUCCAACCAUCUCAUCAAAAAAACCAAAACAGAGGCCAGAGAAGUUAAGUGACUUACUCAAAGUAAUUCAGUCAGUUACAGAGUCUAAUCCAGAACCUAGGUAAGCCCCUCCGCUUCUUGUCAAGUGUUCCUCUCAUAGACCCACCCUGAUGCAUCCGUCAGUCAUAGUUUCCUAUUAUCCUCCAGAGUCACAUCUCUCAUCUGCACACAUCAUAAAACUCACCUAUAUUAUAGCUUUUUUCCUCCUAAAUUUGAAAUUUUUGUUGUGGGGAAAGGAGAUCAGGAGAGAUAUCCUCUCCUCCACAGAUACUCCAAACACUUAGAAAACCAGUCAAAAUAUUUAGUAGUAGAGAAACAGUUCUGGGUCCUAUUUCUCUGCUACUAGAUAUCUUGACUCAUUAAUGCAACUCUCCCACUUCUCUGUACCCCACAGUAUGGCUGCUCCAACAAGCAGGCUGACUUUUGGGCCUCUGAGACACAAAGAAAAAGGGAAGGGUCUGAGAGUCCAUAAAAGAAAACUCUUCCACUUUCUCUCUCUCUGUUCAAGCACAAAGGCUCUCUCAGGAGGAGUGAGCUCUUCUGCCACCUUGUGACAUAGAAUGAGAAUAGCAGGCCGUCAGAUCCUUUCCCAUCCCUACCCCAAGGGGACAGCACUAUAACCUGGCAUCUAGGAACUAACCUACAGAAAAUUUCAAAUACAGCAACAGGGGGGAAGUGUCUGAUACCAUAAGGGAGCUGUUAAGAAACUCAUAAGCAAAAACCAUGAAACCCACGAAAGGCAAUGGAGCUCCUUUAUUCUGCCCUACCCACCUGCCCUGCUAAGAGAAUUGGGCAACUGCAGAAGAGAAAAAAGAACGAGACAGUGAUGCUCUGGACCAGUAAACAUCUGAGGCACUCAUGUUCCCUCUACUCAGUUGACCUCACUUCUCUGCUACCUUCCAUAGCAAAAGCUCUUGAAAAGAUGAUCUAUACUUCUUCACCUCCAACUCUCUCUCGGCCCUCUCCUACUUUCACCACUCUGCUAGAACUGCUCUUACAAAACCGUCAAAUCCGGUGGACAUUCUGUCCUCAUUACACACCCCUCUCAGCAUUUAACCAACUGACCAUUCCUUCCUUGAAAUCUCUCCUUCUUGGCUUCAAUGACAUCCACUCUCAUGGUUUUCUUAGCUCAGAUGUCACCUCCUCAGAGAAGUCUUCUCUGAGCACCCUACUUAAAGUGGCCUCUGCCAGUAAUCCUUCACCUCAUCGCCCUGUUUGUUGCUUCACAACAACCAUCACAAUCUUUAAUGAUCUUGUAUAUGUAUUUAUAGAUUGUUUAUUAUUAGCCUUCUGCACUAGUCUAUUUUUCAACCUUGUGUAUUGUCUGCUUCCCAUUGUUUCAUGUGAACAUAAACUUGGUCUUGCUCCCUGCUUGAAUAGUGUCUGGCACAAAGUAGGCCUACAAUAAAUACGUGUUGAAUGAAAGUCACUGUGGCUGGAAGUUCAGCACUUCCUCUCCUCCUUCCAUGUUUCAGGCAACAUGGUGUCCUUCAGUGUCAUCUUUUUGCUCUCCGUUUCCCUACCGAGAUUUUCCUCAAUGCUCAAUUUAGCUCAAUCAUAUUUCAACCUAAAUUAAAAUGUCAGGAAACAGGGUAAUAUUUAAAUUAUGAUUUGACUCAGAGCUCAUGAACUCCCUCAUGUGAAGUCCAUUGAAUCAAGCUCCCUUUACAUCAUUAUCAAUCAAGUGUCAGCCUCUAGAGCCUUCAUAAGCAUAGUCAAACCUAUGUUGGCUCCAAUGGAGUACAUUUAAGGGAGUAGAAAGACUGCAGAGGCUCAGGACUGGGGCAGGGGAUCUGAGAAGAUCUUCAUUUCUGCUUUAUGAUCCACCUAGCUAUGCUAUCACAAAGUCUACAGAGUAUAUGCUAUAUUUAUACUCUUCACUAAAAGAUACAAUUUUAGAAAAAUCUUCAACAACAGUUAUCUGUCUAGGAAAACUAGACAGAUAGUCUAAACUGCAGAUAGUAUCACUCAUCUGGAGUAUUUAGCUCUUUCUCACAACCUCUAAGCCCAAUAUUCAUGGGAAUAUGGUCUACCUAUACCCAUCUCACUAUUCAGAAGUGUGAAAAUGUGCAAAACUAGAUAGUAUGUCUGGGCUAAUGUGAGGUUAUGUGCAUAACUGUAAAUGAAUUCUAGUGGUCAUUUGAUCAGAAUUCUCCAUUUAUACAGGAGAAAAUUGAGAUCUGGAGAAGUCUGCCAAUUUUCUCAAGGUGAUAUAGUUAAUAACAGGGCCUGGAUUGGAACUCAAUUCUAUUGAUUCCUAGUCCAGCGCUCUCUCCAGUGUAACUCACUGACUCAUUCAGUCCUAGUUUCCUUCUCUAUUCUAGAAAUCAUUUUCCUUAAUAGAAAUCUCUACAUCUCUUUAUGUCAGCGUGUAAAUCUAUGUGCUCAUGUCAAUGACCAUGCAUGCAUAUGUCUACAUGUCUAUCUGGAAGUAUUUGUAAAGCAUACCACUGGGUAUUCCUGGCCGUUCUUCUAGGGAAACCUGAAGGCAAUUACAGUUGCUUAUAUCGGCACUAGCAGUGAAGUCAGGGGAAGACCUUCUGAGUCAAUCAUUAGCAAGCAGACUUGGUUUUCUCUCCAAUUAGCUCUAUUCCUGGGUCUUCAGGAAAUGGGGCAAAAUAAUUAGGGUGCAACCAGACUCUCCCAGGGUCAAACUUGGUUCUAGGGCAGUGAAAGCACCUAGAGACAAGGCUAUAAGAGAGUGUGACAAAUUAGCAGCAUACUCUCUCUGCAAGGAGCAUGUGCUCAAGCUAACAUGGAUACCAUCUUAGUUUUCAGCUCAAUCAUUACAUCCUACGAUGCCAACAAGAAAGAGCUAAGGCCAAACAGUAUAAAACAGCAGUUGCCAAGCCUCUUCCCAAAGAAUGUGAGAAGGAUCAGGGAUGCACUAAUGCAACAAGUUCAGGCAGAAGCCAAAAGGUCCAAAUUCAUCCAAAAUCAGACUGUGGCUACCCUCCACUGCCUUGGCUCUGGGAGCAAAGUAAAAGUCAACCUUGUAUAUCUGGAGAAAAGGUCAAAGGUCAAGCAUACUCUGAAGAACCUGAGAGUCACUGCUGCUCCCUACAGAAACAGCACUGCCUCCCUAAGCUGUCAUCUAACCCUUACAUCCAAGUUUCAGACUGGAUCCCUUCUAACAGGCAAAGCUUUUUUACCAGGCAUCUUCCAAUGUAAGGUCUAUCUAGUGAUGGGGGCUUUAUUACAGACUUUUCCCACCAUUACCACCUCCAUGACUCCUGGGAGUAAAGAAGGAGAGAAAACUACAAGCACUGAUUUUUCUAGCCCUUUCAAACAACAAGAUGAGAAUCUAGAGGAGAGGCAGAAAUGAAGCACUGUGAUCAAAUUUCUGAUUGCUGUCACCUUACUGCUCAGUAGAGUCACCAUUACAAUAUUUGUCAUUUUUGAAGUCCCAUGCCCUGUAGUUUGCUGAUGUACUGGUCAAUGCCUGGGAGCCAGAGAGCUAUGCCAAUGCCAGCAGUUGUGGAGAAGGCAAAGGAAAGAAGACCAGCAACCUGGGGGAGGUGAAUCCCAGCUUGACUCUCAGCCCAAGAAGGAAAGCGUUGGACAAGAUGCUCCCAACUCAUCAAGUCCAAAGAAAGCUGCAGGGAUCACUUUUAUCCACCAGACAUACUUGUGAAAAGUUCUGCUCUGCCUCACACAGUGAAUGAAGGACACCACACUGUCUUCUCCCUGCUGUUAACCAAUAUGGGCAGAAUCUUGCCAAUUUUACCCUCUAUCUUCAGCAGGGACAUUACAAUCAAACAGUGAUGCGAGGCCAAUGGAGGAGCCCAGGCUUAUCAGUCAGAUUACCCUCAUGACCCUGCUACUGGCUUAGCCAUAAACCUCUGAGACUCACUUUGUACAUCCACAAAAAAUGAAUAUCUUUUCAUCCCAUCAAAUGAAAACAAAAGGUCUUCCCUCUAAGACUAUGAAUGGACCUACUGCUCUCUUUGACAAAAGGUUUAAACACAGCCUCCAAGGAACUGGGCAAAGCAGCCACGAGUGUGGCACAGUUCGCCAACUCCUCUGCUAUCCUCAGAGCUGAUUUCACACUCACUGGCUCUCAACUGGCUUAGGGUGGGGUUCCUGUUUUCUCAGGUUGACAUUCAUAGGGUUUUAUCAUUUAGCCUCUGCCACCACAUGGAGCUACCCACACAUUGGUGAAGGGAGCACGACCCUAAGCAUUCCCAAAGUCCUCCUCCUAAGUCAUCCCCAAGGGGCUUAGGGACUGCAUACAAAUAGGACCCAGAUGAGAUCUCCUGAUAAUCUACAACCCCUAAAGUGGGUCUGACAUGAUACCCUACUGCAAUAGUGAUCUGCAUACAUUUUGAACAAGGAUUCCAGGGCCAAAUGAUUAUGAUGAUCUUUCUCACAGAGGCAAAGCUAUGAGCCAAGUCUGACCUGCCUAGGUAAGAGUUUGGUGAGAAAGUGGAAACAGCUGAUCUUAAAGUAGCAUUUAGGUAAAAAAGGGAACAGCAAGGGGAUAAGACAGAGUGUAGUCCUGCUUCUUUUCAUAAAAGUCUGAAAUCAUUCCAUUUCAUUUUGGCGAAAUGUGCCUGUUUCUAAGUAAUUCUAUUUUUGUAGUUCUCUGGUAAAAACCAUAUAUUUAAUUGUAUCCUUCUUUCUUUCACUUCAAGUACUGUCCAAAAAAGUGAUUCUCAAAACUAUACCAACAGGGGAAAAUAUCUCACCCUAAGCCCUGAUUUAAAAUUCAGGCUGACUAACAAUGAAGUAGCAGAAAGAGAAAUUAAGAAUACAAUCCCAUUUAUAAUUGUAACAAAAAGAACAAAAUA